AUGUCAAAUUCAAGACUCUUAAAACAUGAUUCACAUAAAUAUUACCUUAUCGAUAAUGACGACGGAUAUGUGGCGAAUGGAAAUGAUAUAUCAAGUCAGCAGGAAGCUUUAUUAAGCAUUCCUCCUCCUAAAGACAGAUAUCGAAUUGUUUAUUUUAUCUUUUUUCUUCAAGGCAUCUCAAUGCUUCUAGGCUGGAAUGUAUUUAUUACUGCAUCAGUCUUCUUUCACUCUAGAUUCCUUGGAUCUCCUUAUGCCGAUGAUUUUCAGAAUUAUUUCUCUGUUGUUAAUAUGGGAACAACAUUAUUAUUUCUCACCUACUCUCUGUUUACACAAACGACGGAGAAUGUUUCGGCCCGAUUGAUCUUCUCCCUUAAUCUCGCUGCUUUUACUUUCUUUGCUAUGUUAGUAUCCACACAAUUCUUAGAGUUAUUUACACCAACAGGAUACUUUUAUUUUACUAUCACGUUUGUCUUUCUUGUUGGAAUAUCAACCGCUUUUCAGCACAAUGCAAUAUUUGGGAUCGUAGCUUUAUUUCCUCCAAAAUACACCCAAGCUGUAAUGAGUGGUCAAGGGUUGGCUGGCCUUAUUAUGUCACUUUCUCAAAUUAUUAGCGCACUUGCUGUUGAACGAUCACCAAAUAAAAUUCAAGUCGACGAAAGUUUAACAUGCAGCACUUUUAUUUAUUUUCUUUUCGCUUUUGCUGUCAUACUUUUUUCAUUAAUUUCGUAUUUCAUUCUUAUCCGUUUGCCCCUUUAUAUAUAUUACGUGGAUCGAAGCAUAGACAACAAUUUAAUAGGUAGAUCUUUUAAAGGCACAUUUAACAAAAUUUAUAAGCUAAUUUUUGCGGUAGCUCUUGUUUUUUGUGUGACCUUGAGUGUUUUUCCUUCUAUAACCUCAUUCAUCAAAUCUGUGGCUCCUGAUGAUAGAAAAAACAAGUUUCAAUACGAUUAUUUAUUUAUACCAUUACAUUUCUUGGUUUACAAUUUUGGAGACUUGCUGGGCAGAUCUCUACCAUCGCAAGAAGCAUUGGUGAUAACCGAUCAGAAUCAAAUAGCAUUUAUGUCAAUUAGUCGCGUUAUUUUCAUACCAAUCCUACUGCUGUGCAACGUUGACGCUGGAUUACAUGGGAAAAGAAUUUUACCAUUAUUAGUCAAUAACGAUUUGCUAUAUUUUUUGGUAAUCUUUGUGUUUUCUGUUUCUAAUGGCUAUGUUGGAUCCUUGGCGAUGAUGGCUGGUCCACAAGUGACUGAUGUUGAAAAGGAUCUUACAGGAAUGCUUCUGUCAGUCUUCUUGGCAGUCGGAUUGACCAUUGGUUCAAUCUUAUCUUUUCCAUUACGAGCCAUUAGUUGUGGCUUUAAUCCAUUUAUAAUACAUAGCUAA